CCAGACGGUGUUUGUGCGUCGAGCUAACUGGAAGUUUCUGUGCCAAGCCGGUAACAAAGUUACGUCCCGUACAUCGAGGAAACAGUGAUAAAGUGUGAUUUUUUGUUCUCUAUAAUUAAAGAAACAGUGACAGGGAAAGUUGUGUGAAUUAUUUAAUUGUGUAGUGUUCUUCGCAGAAGCCAUAACGACCAAUCAAUACCAAUUCAAGAUGAUCUUCCGGGCCGGUUUUUUCAUCGCUCUGCUUGGCAUCACAAUCGCUACAGCUGCGCAAUUGGGUGGUAAAGUUGAGAUAGAACCGAAAAAUCAAGCUGCAGUACGAGUUGGUGACAGUUUACGAAUUCGAUGCCGAAUGCCAACACAAUUAACGCAUUGUCGAAUUGAAAUUCCAAAUGAAGGAUCAUUGGUGAUUGCAAAUACUGAAAAUUAUAUGAGUGGUGAUAUUAAAUAUCUUGGUACUGGACUCGAUAAAGGAGACUGUGAUAUUUUAAUCUCAAGAAUUAAAGAAAGUAACGAUGGUCUCUUUAGAUGUUCACUUUUACCAAAGGGCAGUAGUUACGAAUCGACAGGAGAGACAAAAAUUGUCAUUGCAAGACCACCUCGACAACCACAACUUCAAUUGAGUCCAAGCGCAAGUGGUAUUCGCAGUUACAAAAGAGGGGAAAAAUUGGAGAUAAGCUGCAGUGCACUUGGUGGAAAACCAUCAGCAAAUGUCAGCAUUUAUCUUGGGGAUGAGAAAUUGAGUAGCGAAGAAAGGUCUUACUUUGGAAAUUCAGAAUCGGAUCAGGGUAUGCAAAACGUCACGAGAAGCUUAGAAUGGACCGAUCAUGGCAAAGAAGUAAAAUGCAUUGCCACUCACAUUGCUCUAGAUCGACCACUAGAAUCACAAAUGACUCUCGAUGUCACCUUCCCACCUCAACCACAAAUUGUGAAGGAGCGUUUUGGAUAUGUCGUCGGACAACAAGGAGUCGUGAACGUGACCAUUGAGGCAAAUCCUCAACCUUAUUUCACGUGGAUCGUGGAUUCGGAAUCAAUUCAAGCAGGAGCCGCGGACUCGACAAAUCGACUUCAGACAAACACUCCCAUUGAAGCUGGAAAAGGAAGAUGGACCGCAAUUUUGACAAUUGACAGCGUACAAAAAAGUGACACCGAAAAGAGAUAUCUUUUAAAUGCUAAAAAUAAUGAAGGAACUGAAACUUAUGAAAUCAAAAUUUCCACUUCUGCUGAACCACCAGGACCCUUAAGUCACUUCUAUGGUAAGCUCUCCGAACACAUGCACGCACUAGGUGUAGACCUUGACGCUGGAUCAAUUAUUGGAAUCGUUAUAGGAGUGGUGAUUUUAAUUCUCGCAAUAUUCCUCGUCAUAUUUGCCCGUGCAACUGGUCGCUGGUGCUUUGCAGCGAGACGCCGUGGAGAUGAAGAAGCUGCUGGUGGUGUUGGCGCUGGAAGUGAGGCGCAUAUUACGCCCGGUGAUGAUGACGAAGACCACGAAGAUUCCCCCUACAUCAAAAACGAGAAAAUCCCACAUGGUGGCCAAGAGAAUCCAAUUCACGCGAGCAACGAGUACAUCAACGGACGUGCUGAUAUGAAGCACAAAAAGGACGAAAAAACGGAUACGCCAGUUUAAAAAUCAACAAUUUUUUUUUAAUAAUUUUUUUUGUUUGUUUGUUUUUUUUUUAUCUCCAGUCAGUGACGACGUUUCAAAAUUGCUGAUAGACAAAAAAAAAUGCCCAAAAGAAAUUUUUUUCUUUUCUAUAAAUUUUUUUUUAAUAUUUUGAUAAUUGUUUUUUUUUUUUUUUUUUUUUUUUUUUUUUUAAUUGGCAUCCGUCGUGAUUUUGAAUUUCUCUUGAUCAGCAAUUACGUUCGUCUGUUACGAUUCACUAGUACAUUUUUUUUUCAAAGAAUUAUUUUUUUUUUUUUAGUAAAAACAGUGUACAUACCAUGGGUGUGAGAAGUUAAUUAAUUUUUCUUUCAACAUGACGACAUGAUGAUAAAUAAUGAUGCAAAAGAAAAGAAUUGAGAAAAUAGAAAAAUCGAAGCAGCCGAACGUAAAUUUUUUUCUCUAAUUCUUUUUUUUCGUCAAUUCGUGAACAUGUAAAUAGUUAAAAGAGAAAAAGACAUCACGCCACAUUGUGCGGAGACUUUCGUGGUCUUUCCUUAACUAUAAUUUAGUUAAAUUAAACUUAAGUAUUAACACAGAUUUGUAAAGAAUAAAAAAACUACUUGCAGUUUUUCGACGAUAUGAUAUAAUUAUAAUAAUAAUAAUAAUUAUAAUAAUAAUAAUAAUAAUAAUAGGGAAAGGGGGUAAAUAAAUCGGGUAAAUUUAAAAUUCGUCGAAAAAUUCUCUCUUAGUUGAAAAAUGAAAGAUUUUUGAAACUAUGAAGAAAAAGAAUCUUUCAAUUUUUUUGUCAAAUCGUAUUACGAUUUUUCGAUGAAUCGUAAUUAGAUUUUACACAAUUAAAAAAAAAAAAAACUUUUUAACGUAUACAACUCUUACCUUUUUGCAAUUUGUAAGAAAUUUAAAUAGCACUAAACUAAACUAAAAAAAAAAAUAGUUAAAUUUUUGUAACGACUUCUAUAGGGAAACAUACGCAAUAUCGAAAAUUUUUUCUACAUUUUCCCAAUUUUGAAUAUAAUCAGAUUUUUUGAUAUUUUAUUUUUUUUUUUUUUAACAAAAAUCACAUUUUUUUCAAAUGAAAAAAAUUUUUUCUAUACGGAAAAUUACUUAAAUUUGAAUCCAAAGAAAAUGUAAAAAUUUUUGAAAAAUCAAAAUUAUAUUCAAAAAGAAUGGGAAAAAAAAUCGAUGUUUGUUUUAGGUUUACAGAAGCGAAAGAAAAACCUAACCAUAGAUACAUUCCAUAAGAUAGCUUUCGAAAGAGGAUUUUUGCCUCUUAAUGCAAAAAAAGACUUUUUCUCUCUCUCGCCUUUUUAUAACUUAAAAAAAAAAAAAUUUUCUAUUGAAAAUAAUUAUAUCUCCUUUAUUUGAUAAAAUGUUUAUCAAUUUUUUUUUUGUUUGUUUGUUUGAAAAACUAAAUUUUUCAUCACUUUGCAGCUAUAUCCAAUUUUCUAUAACUUAGUGUGAUUAACGCAAAAAAAAAACCGUCUCAUAUUUCGAAUCUCUCUAGAACAUAAGUUAUUAAUUAGUUGCACAAAAAAUUUAUUAUAAAAAAAAAAGAUUUUGUUUUGUUUUUAAUAAAAUAGCAUAUAGAUUAAUAUUAGUAUUAACGAUUUUUCGAAUUUUUUUUUGCACCGCUCGAUAUAAUGAUUUAUUUAUUGCCUGUAACGCCAAAAAAGGACGAUCGGGUUUAAAUUAAAACAAAACUAAAAAAAGAAGUCCGUGAGCUUUUUGUAUUUCUUAUUACCUUCGACAAUAAGUACUUUUGUACAGGUGAAUUUUUACUUAUAGCUGCAGUUAAAAAAAAAAAAAAAAACGAAAAAAGAUGACGUAAGAGGACACACCUUCGAUUAGUUUCAAAUUUCUCAAUUUUUGUGCACUUCUUUUUUUUUUAAUCCCCUUCUAUUAUUUAGACAAAGAAUUUUGAUUUCACACACCUUUUUUUUAUAUAUAUAUAUAUAAAAUAAAAAAGAAAAAAAACGAAUGAGAUAUAUGGAAAAUAAUUGUCGACAAAUUUGCUUUCGAUUUAACAAAUUCGCCGGCAAUUAAAUUUUCCAUUAUUACUGCGUGUUGUAUAUUGAAUAUAUAUAUAAAUAUAUAAAUAUUAAAAUAUUAUAAAUACUACGAUAUGAGAUUGAAAAAAAAAAAAAAUAUGAUAUAUACUGUGUCCCGUGUACUUGGUCAUCUUGUUAAAAUUUUAUUUCAACAAUUUUGUAAUCACAAGUACCAGAGACCUGUCGUUAUCUGUCUCUCAAAUCUUUUUGAGAAAAAGAACACUAUUUGAAUCAGAGUGAUGUUUUACUUAAAAAAAAAAGAAUAAAAAAAAAGUUAAUGAUUAAUUCAACAACGUGUAAUGUGCAUAGCACACUACAAAAAAUAUAGAUAUAUAUAUAAUAUGUGAGUGUUAAUUACCAAAUAGGUAUUUGUAACGUAUUCACAAUCAGGAUGUUGUUUAUAGCCAUUGAAAAAAAAAAAUUUCGCAUCUUCGUAUCUGAAUAUCAAUCUUAUAUAAAAUAAAGUCUAAGAAAAUAAUUUUAAAAAAAACAAACACUAUUUAAGACACGGAAAUUGUAUCUCAAAUUUAGAAUUUUAAAAACCGUCUUUAAAAAUAAAAAUUUAUGAUAAAAUAACAAAAAAAAAAAAGUCUGAGAUGAAAAACAUCAAAAUACAAAACUGGACAAUGAACAUUCUACUUUUUAAAAAUAAAACGCGCGAUAAGUUUUUUCUCAAGGAAUUUUUCGAUACAAAAAGGUCCAAAAUCACUGCCAAUACUCGCAUUUUUUUCCCCCCAAAAAAUCCGUUAAAUUAAAUAUUAAUAAAAUGAGAUACAAAAAUACAAACCGUUAAAAAAAAAUACUUUACGCAGGAUACGUUUAAUGUACAAAAAAAAAAAAUUUAUUGUGGUAAUUGAUAUUAUAUUACUUAUUUUGUAAUUGAUUUUUAUCUAUUAUUGUAAACACUAAUUACUUAACAUUCGAUGGUCAUGCUUACGACGUUAUGCUUUUAUUCGUAAACUUAAAGGCGCGUGUCCAGUCAAUUCCUUUUGACAUUUAGAUGAUGAUGAUGAAAAAAAAAAAAAAAAAAAAAAAAAAAAAUACAAAAAAAGCUCGUAACUCGCGGGCUUUUAAUAACGAAAGUUUGUAAAACUCGUAUAUACAUCGGAAGGAUGACUUAUAUAAUAUAUUUAAAAAAGAUAAAGCAUGAUCGUUGGCCAUACAAUGGAGUAUAUAAAUAUAUAAAUAUAAAAAAAAUAUAUAUAUAUUUAUGUUAAUAAUAAGCAUAGAUAAUAACAAUUACUUUAAAUUAUUUGGUGUUCUCUCAAAAAUAAUUACAUUUUUUUUUGUCACGCAAAAUUCACCUAAAUUCCAAUUUUUACUUUUUAUACAUAAAUAUAAAUAUAUAUAUAUAUACAUAACUAGUUCAGGGACAGAAAUCAUAAUCACUUUUUUUUUAAUUAUAGUUUAAAAUAAACAUACUGGUUCGUUUAUUAUUUUCAAACUUCAAAAUCAAAUUUUCGUUUUUUUUAAUAAUUUGUUGGGAAAAAUGACUUUACCGUUUUAAUUCUAAUUAGAGAAUUCUAAUCAGUAAUUUAUAAUUAGAAUUAUUUUAUAGUCAACAUAGUUCGAUCAGAAAAUAUUUUUUUUUUAUCGAACCCGUAUGUUUAUUAUUUUCAAGACUUAGAAUUUAAAAAAUAAUCGUUAACCCGAAGGGCUAAGCGAAAUCCGCAAUUUUUUUUAUCUGUUUUUUUCAUAUAUUUAUAUAUAAUAUUAGUUUUUAUAAGACUCGUUCGGAAAUCGCUUUUUAGAUUUAAAAAAAAAAAAAAAAUUUUUUGAACGAUUAUUAUUAUUGGAGUGAUAGGUAAGCGAACAUGUUAACACGAAUGAAAGGGUAAAAGCAUUUUUUUUUGUAUCUGUAAUUUGUAGAUACAAACUCGAUAAGGCGAGAGUUAAUCUAAGAAUUCAAAUGAAAAAAAAACUAAUAUAUAGAGAGCUGUAUGUAAUAAUUAUAAGUUCAUUCAUCGCUAUGAUAUUAUACUUAGGUAUUAUAUGAUUUUUGAAAUAAAACAUUUGUUUUAAAUACAA